UGGUGUUUCUUGCUUGUGUCCGCAGGCAUCAUGGUGCGCAUGAACGUUCUCGCAGAUGCUCUGAAAAGCAUCAACAAUGCCGAGAAGCGUGGGAAACGCCAGGUCCUCAUCAGGCCCUGCUCCAAGGUUAUUGUGCGCUUCCUAACCGUCAUGAUGAAGCACGGUUACAUUGGUGAGUUUGAGAUCAUUGACGACCACAGAGCCGGAAAAAUCGUAGUGAAUCUCACAGGCAGGCUGAACAAGUGUGGUGUGAUUAGUCCACGUUUUGAUCUUCAGCUCAAGGACCUGGAGAAGUGGCAGAACAACCUGCUGCCUUCAAGACAGUUUGGAUACAUUGUGCUGACCACCUCAGCUGGCAUCAUGGACCACGAAGAGGCCAGACGGAAACACACAGGAGGCAAAAUCCUUGGAUUCUUUUUCUAAAAUGUAAAGAACCACAAAUAAAAACAACCAAGAGAAA